AGAACCCAUUUGUCCAGUCAUUCUUGGAGCUGGAACGUUAAGGGAACGUUAUAGAGGAAUCGUUAAAACUUAGUCGGGGAAAAAAAAAGAAUAUCCGUGCGACAGAUUCUGCUCAUCCCUCAUACGUAUAAUCGCUUGAGUACGUCCUUGAAAUUGGUCGGUGAUCGUAAUGGAGAGUGGGAGGUUGAAUUUAGAUAACGUCGAGGCGAACGGGAAUAGUAAGGAAACGGCAGUUGUUGCCACGUACAAGGCGCUACCAGACGACGACUGUAAUAGACAAGAUAAAGAAGAAAACGUCGCCAUGGGAAAGCCGAAUAAUGAGACUGAUAUCGACGAUGAAGUUCAUGAGAAAAUUCUCAAAGAUGAGAAUAAAGUCUCUCCCACGAAAGAUGCAACCGAGGUAAAAUUUAUUUCUGAAAAUGGAGAUGCUAAGAUUGAUAUUGAAACUGUUAAACAAGCUCUGUCUGGAAUGGGCAAGGAGGAACUGAUGAAAUUUGCUAAUGAUCCAUUCUGGAUUCGAUUAAGAUGGUUUUUGUUCAUUGCUUUUUGGUUACUUUGGGCUGCCAUGUUAGGUGGUGCUGUAGCUAUUGUAAUAAUGGCACCAAAAUGUUCAGCACCAAAACCAAAAGAAUGGUGGGAGAGAAGUCCAAUCGUACAAUUAGAUCCUGUCGAGACAAGUAGCCAUGAUUUGAAAGGCGUUGAAUCCUUGUUAGACAGUUUAAAAGAACAAAAUAUAGAAGCAAUUUCUCUUGCAUCUAUAGUUAAGGAAAGCCCAACAGGAGGAGUGGAAGAUUUUAAGGAUAUCAAGCCAGAACUGGGAACUAUAAGCGAUUUAGAGACUCUUGUAAAGAGUGCUAAAGAGAGAGAUCAACGCAUCAUUUUAGAAUUAGAUCCAACUCAUACAUCUACCGAACAUCCAUGGUUCAAGCGUUCUGUAGAAAAGGAAGAUCCAUUUACAUCUUACUAUAUUUGGGCUGAUGGAAAAACAGCUUCUGAUGGUAGACGUAAUCCACCUAAUAAUUGGUUAAGUAUAUUUGGAGGAUCAGCAUGGGAAUGGAAUGAACAAAGGGAACAAUAUUAUCUUCAUCAGUUUAAUAAAACCCAACCUGAAUUGAAUUACAAUAAUCCAGCAGUGGUGGGAGAAUUUUCAGAUAUUUUGAGUCAUUGGUUAAAAUUGGGAAUCAGUGGUUUCCGUUUAGCUAACACUCAAUAUUUAACCGAAGAUCCGGAUCUUCGUGAUGAAUUUAGAAGUACCGUUCCCAUGGAAGCAGAUAAUUAUGAUUCACUAGUACAUGCUUAUACUAGAGAUCGCCCCGAAAACGGUGUUGUAUUAUCGAAGUGGCAAGAAAGAGUAUAUAAUGAAACAGGAAGCACAGGGUUGUUCACCCUUCAAGACGAUAUCGGAACUGAUAUCUUGCAAGUUUACAAUGAGAAAAAAAGACUUAUCGAUAUUCCCCAAAAUUCUCAGUUCCUUGCUAAUGCAGAUAGCAAUACAAAUGCCACAACCUUGCACAAAGGUAUUUCACAUUGGCUAAACUUCACAUCUUGGCCAGCUUGGAAUAUCAAUUCUAAGAAACAAAGCUUGAGACAAAGAAUGCCUGCAGAUAUUGCAGACAGUCUAACACUCAUGACUUUGCUUUUACCGGGAACUCCCAUACUAAAAUUAAACGAUACGUUGUCUGCAAAGGAUGCCUUUGCAACCUUAACGAAAGCACGUCAAAGUUCAACAUUCCUUCAUGGAGAGACGAUGCUUAGAAUUGUUAAUGGAAGCGUAUUUGUAUACACAAGGAGCUGGUUAAAGAGCGGCAAUCCUGGCUACUUAGUAGCAUACCAAACUGCAGAAGAGCCUACCGUGAUGGAUCUGUCUAAUAUACCACAAAUCUCAGAUGAGAUUAGUGUGGUUGCACAUAGUCCCAACUAUGUACAGGAUGGCGAUACAAUAAGAACAAAAUUGUACUCUAACAGGGUUCCUAUAUCGGCCAAGAGUACGGUUGUUUUAACUUUCGUUCCAAAAAGUUAAUUGCCAAAUUAAAAGGUGUCAACAAUAAUAACAAUAAUCUCUACUUAUAAUCCUUAAAUAAUGGCAUUUAUUAUAUGUAUAUUGCUUUUGUGAACUAUA